ACCAGCCUCGGUAGCAAGUAAGCAGAGGCUAAAUAGAAGCAAAGUUGCGUCGUAACAUAGCUCUUGAAGCCGAAGACCAAUCAGGUAUCGUGCUACGGAGAACACGAAAAUAUGUGAGAGGAGGCAAACAAAGAGAGAUAACAAGUGCAGAGCAGUAAAGGAAGAUGAUCGUAGAUCGACGGAGUCUACAAAAACAGGUUUCAACCUUUGGUGGCGGUCUAGUGCGAAAAUAUUUUGAAAGUGAACAUGAAAGUGAGCAUGCAUUGUUGCUCCGAAGAUCGGAUCGGUAAACUGAAGCCGAUAAAGGUAGAAUAAGUAUAGGGAGAAGUCAGUUUCGAAGUGAACGUGAUCGUAUAAACAACAUAGUGCGGCCGCUAAAUAUUUGAAACAUUUGAAUUAAAAGACUUUGCAGAGUGGUGGUGUGUGUUACCAGAUAAUAAGAAAGUACUCUAAAUAGUAAAAUUGCGUUCUAAAAUAUACAAGUGUUAAUAAAUUAUGUUGAGCAUGAACGACCUGGUUGAUUUGCAAUUCCAGCAACAUCUGUACCGACAGCAGAUUAUGCAGCGUAUACCCGAUCCCUUUCCUCCCAUGCUGCCAUUCCAUAUGUCACAUCAUAUAAUUGUUCCUCAACGCCCUACUUUGCCCGGUGUGGAGGCCAAAUUGGAAAACAACGAACUCUGGACACAGUUCCACAAAAUUGGCACGGAAAUGAUCAUUACAAAGAGCGGAAGGCGAAUGUUCCCAUCAAUGCGCAUUUCGGUGUCUGGGCUUGAGGAUGAUUCUAAUUAUUGUGUUUUGCUCGAGAUGGUUCCCAUCGGCGACUGUCGGUACAAGUUUUCUGGCUCUCAUUGGAUUCCCGCUGGUGGAGCUGAACCGCAGAGCCCCCAGCGAAUGUUUCUGCAUCCAGAUAGUCCAGCCACUGGUGCUCAUUGGCAGUCGCAGGCUAUCAUUUUCAACAAAGUCAAACUCACCAACAAUACACUGGACAAUAACGGACAUAUUGUGCUCGCCAGUAUGCAUAAGUAUCAGUCCCGGUUACACAUCAUUCGCACUUCGGACCUUACACAGCUACCAUGGGCCCCGCAGCAGGCUUUUGUUUUUCCAGAAACGGAAUUCGUGGCAGUAACCGCUUACCAGAAUGACCGCAUUACAAAGCUGAAAAUUGACAACAACCCCUUUGCAAAGGGAUUUCGUGAAACUGGUCAAUCGCGCUGCAAACGUAAGCUAAGCCCAUUGAACGACGAGGAGCAGGAUACCUUCGAUAAUCCUCCUAGUCCUAGUAAGAGCUCUCUUGUAUCCAACGAAGAUGACCGUAUCAGCAUAGUAAGUGGACUAAUGGAUUCGCUACCAGCAAAACGUGUUCACUCGAAUGGCUCAUGUGAUGACGAAAGUAACAUGCAUUCGAUUAGCUCUCGCAUAUGUGGAAGUCUCUCGCCGUACUAUGAUGAACCUAUGUACUCGGCCAUGGUAAUGUACCAGCACGAGCACCUACAACCGCAGCUUUUAAGCCCUUCGCCAUUAGAUAUAGCGGCGGCCACAUAUUUCGCAACCACAGCGAAUAUUAGUCCCCCCGUAUCACCAGAAAGUGGAAUGCAACCAUUGCUGAUGCAGCUACCACUGCAUCGACUUCCACAAAGGCAUUUGCCGCCUUCGCAAUUGCCACCGCACCUGCAUCGUCAGCUAGCCACUACGUCUCCAGCCAAUACAACGGGGGCACCUAAGGCUGUUCUGCCGCCUUUCGUUGAAGAGCAAAGUGUCGUUGAUUCAGCUGCAAUUGUUUCCGAAAUCGCCAGACCACUCAACGAAACUGAAGCGGAACCCAAACCUGCGAAACGCAAUAAUUUUAGUAUUUCAGCAAUUUUGGCUUUCUGAAUAAAUGUGGUCUUCUCCUAGUUAUCGAAGCGCUACCGUGUGAUUUUUCCUUAACAUAUAAUGUAAUACCAUUAAUUAUCCUUAAGUGCUGUUUAUAUUUAUAUGUAAAUAUUAUAUGUAUUUAUGUACAUAAGUAGAAAGUAAGUUUUCCUUUUGCUUUCUUAAGUAGCUUAAAGUUUACAGUUUAGUAAUUAAUAUGCGCUUUCUUGUAUGAUUAAAUGUAAAUAUAUACGAGUAUCUAAUAUUAAUAUAUGUGUGUAUGAAUUGGUAAUGAGAUCCAAGGGUGUUCCGAAGGUGUUACAUUCCCAAAGUUUCUUCGCAGUCGCCAUUUUCAUCUUAUAAGUCAACGAUAACGGUAAAAUCGCUAUCGGCUGAGAAUAAAAAGUUUAGAAUUUUUAAUCUAAAUUUACCCCCAUAAUCAUGCCUAUUCGGGUAUUCGACAGAUAUCAUUCGUUCGAAUAAUUGCGGCAGUGUUAUCACGUUCUGUCACAUAAUUUCUGCAACGAACACACCCACGGCUACUACCCUCGCCCGGAUGAGUCUGUUGCAUCCGUUGUCGCAACGCGUUCGCCUGUCAGAUCAUACAAAACGCAGAAUUUAAAUAUUUGUUGCCCCCGUGCUCUAAUGAGCAAUGAUAGGGAUCCGGAAAAAAAUUGGCGCAAACGAAACAAUAGCGAUGUGAUCCUUAGAAAGAUCUGGCUCUAUUUAUGGACCGUUCUGUUCGUUUUGUUUUUCGACAUCAGUUGAAGUUUCAUUUAUUUAAGAAAUGAGGUUGUAUCUGUAAGUUUUAUGAAGUAAAUCAAAAACGCUUUCCUUUCUUACAUACAUAUGUACAUUUUGUGUUGAAUAUUAUUAUUGAUUGGCUGUUUGUGCACUGCGACCUGAAGAGAUCUAUUGUGUUGAA